GGCCCCUUCUUCUCUGCUUUCCUCAAAACAAACAGGCAGGAACUUUGACCGGUGUUCCCGAGCUAGUAACUAGCCUGCUAGCUUUGACUAGUUUUCUGUCUUUUUUUCAUAUUGUUGUGUGUUGUAGCACAUGCGGAGAGAUGUGGUUUAUUUAUUUACUCAGCUGGCUGUCGCUAGUCAUCCAAGUGUCCUUCGUUACGCUAGCAAUAGCUGCUGGCCUGUACUACUUGGCAGAACUAAUAGAAGAAUACACAGUAGCCACCAGUCGAAUAAUAAAGUACAUGAUAAUGUUCUCCACAGGGGUGCUGGCCUGUCUCUAUCUCUUUGAGAGCUUCCCAGUGCUGAUGGUGGGGGUCGGCCUCUUCACCAACCUGGUGUACUUUGGCCUCCUGCAGACUUUCCCUUACAUCGCGCUGAGCUCCCCAAACUUUAUCCUUUCCUGUGUGUUGGUGGUGGUGAACCAUUAUAUGGCCUUCCAGUUCUUUGCACAAGAGUAUUAUCCCUUCUCAGAGGUGCUGGCGUACUUCACCAUCUGCUUGUGGGUGAUCCCCUUCGGCUUCUUCGUGUCCUUGUCAGCGGGGGAGAACGUGCUUCCGUCCACCAUGCAACAAGGAGAUGACGUGGUGUCUAAUUACUUCACCAAGGGCAAGAGGGGGAAGAGGUCUGGGAUCCUCGUGGUGUUCUCGGUCCUGAAGGAGGCAGUGCUGCCCAGCAGACAGAAGAUGUACUAAGGGGCUCGGGGGGGGCAGCCUCAGGGUCAGGAGGUGUAUGAGUGAGUGAGUGAAUGUGUGUGUGUGUGUGUGUGGAGGAUUAAGGGGAAGUAGGAAGGACUCUGGGAAUUUGUUUUCUGGAUGGGACUAAAACGAAACAGUGGCCAUAUUGGGAAAAAGAGGAAGGACCAAUGAACGGAUCGGAGCUUCCUGCUGGACGAGAUUACACCGGCCGCGGUCGUCUCUUUGUUUCUCUCUUUGUCUGUCUGACUGCCAACAACAUCAACUUAAAGACCCCUUUGUGGGGAUCGGUUCUGUAGCGCAACGCUUUGUUAUUCACAUGUUGGACAUUUUUUAAAUCUUUGGUAUUAAAAUAUGUUUGUGAAAAGGUCUGACAUUUAACACCCACCUGUACGUUUUGACUUGGGAGAUAAAUAAUUUCGUGUUUUUUUUCCUGGA